AUGCUGCAUUUGACAAUUCUGCCUUUAUUGUUCUGUUUUCGACUCGUACACUGCGAUUCGUAUCCGCUAAAUUCGUCGAACGCUGCACGAAUCCAGCAAACACCUUUUAACGAUGAAAAAAUUGUAGUGGUUGAAGACUCAAUGACGAAGUUCAGCGCAUCGGACAUCGAAAUCGGUGAAGACGAGGAGCGGCUGGUGAUUGAUCUCUUUCGAGACUAUAAUUCUUUGAUUAGACCAGUGCAAAAUGUGAGCAGUCCUCCGGUUACGGUUGACUUCGGCGUUGCUAUGAUUCUUCUUAUCAACGUGGACGAGAAGAAUCAGAUUUUACAAACAAACGUAUGGCUUACAAUGAAGUGGAACGAUUUUCAGCUUCGUUGGAAUCCACUCGACUAUGGUAACAUUUCCAACCUUCAUGUGCCUUCCGAUCGGGUUUGGCUGCCCGACAUCGUGCUAUUCAACAAUGCUGACGGCAACUAUGAGGUGUCGUUUCGUUCCAAUGUCUUCGUCGAUUCGACAGGAGAUGUCAUCUGGGUGCCGCCAGCGAUGUUCAAGAGCAGCUGUCGCAUAGAUGUCGAAUGGCUAGUUAAUUAA